UUUGUAGCAAAGGAAAAUAAAAUUUAUGCAAGGAAUGAUUGACACAGGGCAUGAGAAUUCUCCCAGGGCUGUCAGGAUUCUAAACUGUUAAAGAGACAGUUCCCCAACUGACACACUGGACCUGAGAGUGAAGCUUGAAAGGUGAAGAUCUGAUCUCUCCUGGACUCCCCUGGACAGCUAGCAAGCAGCCUCUUUUAAUUCCACCAUACAAGGUUGAGAGGACAUAUCCAUACACUCUGGUGGACAGAGUGAAACUUGGAGAAACCCUCUUUUCUCUGAGACAACUGAGAACUCAGCUGGAUCCCUGGACCUGAACCACCAAGUAAUCUCUGUGUGUGAGAAAUCUGUUGGACUUAACCUUAGGAAGCUUAGUAUUCAAUUUGAAGCCUUAUUUUAAGGUUGGUGGGAGAGGAUUCUCAGAGUAGAUCAAGUUCUCCAUGCUUCUACUUCACCAUCUUGGCUCUGCCUCCACAAAAUACUUUACUCAAAACAAUUCUGCAAGAUAGUUUUUUUCAGGUGGUUCAACUUAUUUCAACUGACUGGAAUGGUGUUAUCCUACAACUUCAGUAGCUGCAAUCACUACCAAAUGGCCAGUGACUAUGAAAAUAUAAUAUAUAAUGAGAAACUGGAAUCUUUGUAUAAUUCAGAAAUGCCAUCAUCUGAAGAUAGUAAUUUGUUCUGUGAAACCAAGAGUGAUUGUUUAACUGUCAUAGAGCAACUUGCCCGCAAUUGGUCAAACAACUGUUCCUCUGAAAUGGGGGAAACUUUGGAAGCCUUUGUCAAUAGGACUCGCAUUGCUCUGAAGAGUUAUUGUCCAGUCUUCCAGGGAAAUCAGACAAAUAACAUGCAGACAACAAAAAACAACAUGGAAGAAGGAAUUAAAAAAAUGACAUGCCCUGAAAUAGCUAGGAACUUAUUAGAUAUAUGGAGGGAGUACUGGAAAGAAACAGAAAAUCAAUCAACUAGAAGAGGAGGGGGAAAGAAGAGAAGACGAAGUUUGAAUAAAUGGAAUAAAAUCCUGAGAAGAACUUGCAAGGAGAAAAAAUGUGGAUAUAUUAUUAGUUCAGAUUUUUAAAAUUCUUGGAAUGAUAAGAAUAAUAAGAUCAAAUGUGUAUAUUAAUCCUGAAAAAUACAUUUAAUUUUUAUAAAGAUUAUUUAUAUUUUUAAAACA